AUGGGCGACCGCACUCUAUUCGUGCCUUCACAUGUGGGCGACAAUGUUUUGCCCAACCUUCCCUUUUUUCACAAGCUCUUGCGAUACGCGCAGCGCUCACCUCCACUUGUUGCAGUCCGCGACUUGAACGCCGGGAUCGAGAGAACCUACCACCACGUGCUCUCAGAUGUAGUGGCAGUUCGCAAUGAGUUGGAAAAGAAACUCAGUGCAAAAGUUCGUCAGGAUUUGGCUGAGGACAAAGAGGUGUAUAUUGGUUUGAUAGCGCCAGGUGGCUAUGAGUAUACCGUUGGCUUCAUUGCCAUCCUAGCUGUUGGCGCCGCAGUGGUGCCCAUGGCGACGACAUUGCCAGUCAGUGAAGCUUCGUACUUCUUGCUAAAGGCAAAAUGCGUAGCUCUAGUGGCUAGCACCACCUGCGAGACUCUAGGGCAGUCCGUGGUGCGCUCCAUGGGCGAGAAAAAUGGAGUACAUAUUCCCUGCUUCUCUCCGAUCGCAUCCUAUUUCCGUCCUACGCUUCUUCCAGUAUAUGAGGUUGUCAUCUCUUCUAACCGCAUCCCGGACAUGAAUGGCGCGAGCGUUGUUAUCUUCACCUCAGGCACGACUGGCCCACCUAAGGGCGCCGUCCACCGCCGUACGUAUGUCAGCGGCAACGCAGAGGCAGACGCAGCCCACUAUCGUAUAACGGAAAAAGACACCGUUCUCCACGUGGUUCCAGUUCAUCAUGCCACAGGUAUCGGGCUGACUUUCUUGCCUUUCAUCACGGCCGGUGCAUGCAUCGAGUUCCGCAGCGGUAGCUUCGACACGGCAUGGACGUGGGAGCGCUGGCGGAAGGGAGGCCUUACAUUCUUCUCUGGGGUUCCUACUAUCUACAUGCGUAUGCUGCGGUACUACGAAGAGAACAUCGCCAAUCAAGCUCCUGAGGUGCGGGAGCAGUACGACGCUGGUGCGCGGAAUAUUAGGGUUAUGCUUUGCGGAACAUCUGCGCUUCCAGCACCAGUCUUUGAGUUCUGGAGGCAAAUUCGAAAUGAUCCAAUUCUGACUCGGUAUGGUUCCACUGAGUUUGGGGCCGUCAUCAAGACACCUUUGAACCAUGAAGGCACGCCGCUGAAUAGCGUCGGCAUCGUCUCUGGGGCCGUUUCCCUCAAGCUCGAUGACGAGGGCCAAGUCCUCGUGAAGGGUCCGAAUAUGUUCGCUAAAUACCUUCAUGAUGAAAAGGCAACGAAAGAUGCGCACGAUGAGGAUGGCUACUUCAAGUCGGGAGACAUUGCGCGUCGUGAAGGGAAAUACUACUUUAUUCUGGGUCGCGCCUCACUUGAUAUCAUCAAGUCAGGUGGCUACAAAAUCUCUGCUCUUGACAUUGAGCGCGAGAUUCUGAGUUUGAACUAUGUCUCCGAAGUCAUGGUGGUUGGAGUCGAGGAUGAGGAAUUCGGACAGCGCGUUGCAGCCACUAUUAGUCUGAAGACGGAUCAUAAGACGACCCGCAAGACUCUGACUCUUUCAGAGCUCAGGGAGGAUCUUCGGGACAUAUUGGUUGGAUACAAGAUGCCAACUAUCCUGCGAGUGGUUGAGGGUGAAUUGCCCAAGUCGGGAACUGGAAAAGUGCAGAAGAAGAUCCUGGGUCCGCGGUUCUUCCCUCCAAAUUAUCGGGAGCUGCCUGAAGUACAGGUAUGGAGUAGGGAUAAGAAGAGUAAGUUGUAG